GGACAAUGGGUCAGUCCAUCCGCUGUAGUAUAUAUCUUCUGAAUCUACUCCCUUGUAGCUAGUUUCUCAUUAUUUGUCAUCCAUCCAUCCAAAGGCCAGAGCACAGUACAGUGAAGAAUCCGUUUUGCUAGCUAGUUCGUUUAAUUUUUUGCAUGGAGGGUUCCCUGUUCUUGAAGACAGAUUUAAAUUAAAUAUACGUAGUAGUACAUACAGAUGGAUGGAUGCAUGUUUGAUUGUGUUGCUUGCAGCACCCAUCCACCCGCAUAUGGCUUCCUGAUGAUUAAUUUAUCUUCAUCUUCUGGUAACAUGCAGCGAUUGUACUAAGGUUAAAGUAGCAAGAAAGGUUGAAAUUAAUUAAAGGGACUCCAUUCUCCGAACCACGCACUGCACAAAUGGAAUCCGCAAAUGAAAUCUGGGAAUCGCAUAAGAGGUUGGGAGAGAAAAUGGAAGGGUUGGAUGCAGAGGUGGUUUGUAAUGAGACAUUUGUUUGUGGCGGGUCGGAGCCCAGUACCAUUCUAGGCCCCUGCUUCAAGUCCAAUUUCCCUUCGGAGCUUUCCCCAUUUUACCCUCUAGCACAAGGGGAGAAGCUCUUCUUCCACAGCUCACUGCCCCUUGAACCACCCGAGACGGGUGAUCUGGGCGGCGGCGGCAAGUGCUGGCCAAGUGUGAACCGCAGCUGGACCGAUUGGGUGGAAAAGGUUGAAAGGUCCAAAGGCCGGGUCUGGAAAUCAGCCGGGAUCUAUGACGCUAUCCACCUCUCCAAAAUGGACAUCCCCCUCGACCACAACCUCGUUCACGCCGCCCUGUUCUUCUGGUCAGUCUCGACCAACUCCUUCCAUUUCAGGUUCGGCAUGAUGGGCCCCACGGUGCUCGACAUUGCUGCACUGACCGGCCUCAGGCCGCACGGCGAGGAUGACGUCAGCGCCGUUCUUGAUGGGCUCCACGCAGUGACGGAGGACGAACAUGUCUCUUUUCUCGUCGAGUGGCUCUCCAAGUACCUCUUUUGCGACUCCGGGGGCGGGGAGUUCACCAAAUUGGCCUUGGCUCUCUCGGGCGGGAGAAAGCUCGCCUUGGCGCCUCUUGUCCUGGCCAGUCUCUACGCUGUUUGUAGAGACAUUAUUGUGAACAACUGUAAGUGUGACAGCGGCGGUCCGUUAUGGAUAUUGCAGCUCUGGAUACAGUCCUACUUUCCCGAAUUCCGCCCUCGGGUUUCCGAGAUUGUCGUGAAUGCCCGAACGUUCGGAUACCCUUUGGCCAAAAGCGGCGUGCUGAGGCCUCACACCUUCGACCAGUGCUUCACCUUCUUCCUCACGUGCCCUUCUAGGACCCCUGCCCAGUUCACCCCCUUCUUUCAGGGCACUUGUGGCCCCGAGUGGUUCAAGAAGUCACUAGACCCCGCCUCGCGGGACCUUCCGUGGAAGGAAAUGAACCAAAUCUGGGGCUCCUAUCUCCUCCCACGCCACCUCCAUUGCCUCGGGCCAGCCUCCGCCGCCGCUUAUUCUCCAAACCAGCUUGCCCGACAGUUCGGAUUGACACAGGCGGUCCCACUCCCGCUGUGCCACGGCCCUGAAUCAACUUACAAUUUGCUGAGGGGGAAAUUCUGCUUGGUUUCGUUUAAAAUUGAACCCCGAUCUACCUGCUUCUUUGAUUUCUGGUGGUCUGCUUACAUACGGCGGUGGAGCACCAAUAGGACUACUGGUAGUAGCAUGGCGCCUCCGCCGCCAGCUAUAGUUACUCUCACCUCACAUGCAAUGAGAGAAAGGUACGAACAGUCUGCUGCUGCCAGCAACAAGAAAAUGAAGCGUGAAGGGAAAUCUGUUCCCUCACAAGCAGAGAUUCUUAAAAAACGAAACAUCUCACACAACAAAGCAGCAGGCAAGUCCGCGGGUACAGUGAAGGGGAAAGCACCAACUCAUUUCAAGCUUUCAGCAACACCACGUAGACAAGGGCCGCCCCCGCCUCUCUCAGAGACAAAUAAUACUACUGUCAAAUCUGUUCCCACAUGCUCUACCAAGCCUUCACAAACAGAAAUGGACAAAGUAAAAGAUACGCCUGUUUUGGGCGAUGAUGCCACCUCCAUCACCUCAUCCUUCACUUCCGAAGAUGAAGAAGUGGCUGUAAUGACUGAGCAACCACUAACCAAUAGUAGUGGCGGGAAAGUGAUACCCGAUGAAACCAUACAAGUUGACGACGUGGAUGACUUUUUUGCACGCGUGGAAGCCCAACUAAGGAAAGCCCAAUCUCUCAGCUCUGCAGCAUGCCAUUCUCCAUCCGUAGCAGCAAAUGAUGAUCCUCCUUCUGCAGCAGCACUUGCAAGAGCCAAAGAUGAUAUAUCUAGACUUGUAUCGAUCCCUUUCCAGGAUGUUGUUCUCAUGCCUGAAAACUACUCUGCUCUCAAUGCUGCACUCUCUGUAUACGCCACCGCUGAUCACUGCUCUAUUGGUGAUGAUGAUGACACUUUGAAGAAACUCCAGACAACCCUUCCGGACCUGUGCUCUACUCUUCGUCGGGGAAAGAAGGAUCAGGCGGAGUUCUUCGCAAAAGCUGAAAAGAAAGCGCUUCUCAUCGAGGAGCUAAAGAAGGGCCAGGAGCUAUACUUCAACCUGAAAGACCGCCAGGAUAAGAUCCUUUCUGCCAUGGAUUCUAUUAAGAACCAAAUGAAGGAGUUGAAGAGGAGCUGGAAGGAGGCUGAGAUAAAAACCAAAGCAGUUCAAGUCCAGAAACUGAGUUUGGGAAAAGAUUGUUUCGCCAAGUGUUCCGCUUUAGAUGUAAUGGAAGCUGAGUUGCGUGUCAUGGAGCAGAAGAAAGAAACGGCUGAUUCGGAUAUUGCGCGAGCGGAGGCUUGUUGGACCGACUUUAAGCACAAACUUAUGAAGUGCCUGCUUUAAUUAGCUUCUUCUAUAUAUAUAUAUACACUAAUAUACAUGCCCUUGAUGGCUAGCUAGAUGCUCAAUUUUCAAGGUGUAACUCGCGCAUGAGUUGCAAUGUUGCAUGACAUGUAUACCCAAUUAAGUACGAAGCUUAGCAUGCUAAAUUUGUAUAUAUUAAGCUAUUUAACUCUCGAUCUUGGCUUGCAAGAAAGAUGCAGGCAGCAUGCAUGUAAACACUGUU